UUCGCAAAGAUUUUUGUCUGAAGUUUGGGAUUUGGCAGAAAACGGAAGCUGACGAACAACUCAACACCCAAACACUUGGCACAUCAGUUAUGAAAAUGUAGCUAUAGGCUAGAGACCUAGACUUAGACCUUGAUCGAUGUAGAUGUACUUUAGUUUAGGCACUUGGCUUUAGGUAGGAUAGCGAUAUGUGCUCUUCUAAUUAAUUAUACUUGAACAAAAAUAUAGAUUAGAUAUUGAUUUAAAUAGAGCGAAAUAUGAGAUACAGCAAAAAACAAGAAAAUUAGAAAGAGUUCUCUGAAGACGAACAUCUUCUGUGUGUAGCCUUCAUCACGGUUUUUACAUUUUCGACCCAAAACUAUUUUGUUUAAGCAUACAACUUCUGAACGUUAGAAAGAUCAAACUGUUUUCAGCGGUAAUCAACAUUAGGAAAGCAUUAUGCCUUCAACAAGUAAAAAGAUGCACACAUCCUGCAAGCGAGCCUCGCCUUCGACGCGGGCAUGUCGAAAAGCCUGGAUAUCGUCUGAUCGCAGAUCUGUCUUCUGCCCGAGCCUGUCCCCUACCAAGAAGCCACAAGUAAAAAAUCGUAGAAAGAGAAGCUCAAUCAAUCCCACCAGUGCUCAGGAAAAUCAAAAAGAUCCGCGCCAUAAGACAAAGAAGAAAGAAGUGCCUCUAGAGAAGCGACUGAAGAGAAUCAUCAGUCAACUUGGCCUUAUUCCCGGCGACCGCGCCACGGAUUUUGCUUUGGCGUACGACAGCAUUACCCCGCUCCUCAAAGCCAGAUUGUCUCUAGGAAUGAAGCCUCCAGUCUCUCCCCCGAAUUUCGAAAAAUUCAACCUCCUCUACGUUCCCGAUGAGUAUACGCCAACGAUGCGAAAAAUGAGACUGAUCAACAGGUAUACGGAGGACAUUCUUCUCGGGAUACGUAAAAAUACCGGAAUAAGCUGCAACACGGAAGAAAAGUACGAGAUGCUUAGAAUCGAUGCAGCCGAAAUUGAAAACGUCAUCCGAAUGGAUGAAGAUGAACCCAAACAAGGCAGGAAAAAUAAACAGGAUCUCCGACCCUCAGGGAAGAGGCGUGCGGCCAACUCCAGAAACGCGGUCAAGCUGAACCUGUCCACCAACAAAAGGCUCACGGAAGACCUCUGCGUUGACGAGGCAGCGUCCUCCAGGAGAACAACGUCGUCGCCCAGACGGUUACGAAGUUCGCCCAGAGCCCGAGCAGCGCGUUCUGUUUCUGACCGUCACGCAGGCGUGGCCUCGUCUUCGUCUUGCUCUCGUCGGCCCAGAAAAAGGCACCAAAGCACGAACACCUCCCCUCCCGUCCCGGUUGUUGUGAAAACUACAAUCCUACGAGAAUAUGAACGGAACAACUUACCCAUAUUUUAUAAGCAUAUCAAGGUCCAUAAAUGGCUUUAAAUUAUCUU